UACUCUCUUAAACUAUCUCUCUCUUGUUGCUACGUCUUUUAUUUUAUCUGUGCCUGUGUGUGUUCAAAGCUACCUACAAGAAUGAGGUAUGUAAGACCUAUGCAAUGGUAGAUGACUAUUUAACAAUCAUCACAAAAAUUUAAAUAAAAGCCAGCAUUAAGCUAUUCAAUACUACCUAAUUCCCUAAAUGUAGCAAUAACAUUAGAAACUUUUUAUACCCUUUUCUAUUCAGUAUUUAACUACAUUAGUUUUUUCCUUACCAAAUUAGCGCUAUUUGUAACCAAUAACUAAACAAUAAAAAACGAAUUCAGUUUGAUUUUCCAAAAUAACUUCACCAUCCUCAACUUCACUCAUGCCAGUGAUUCCUAAUUCUCAUGUCUGUCGGUAAAGAGCAUGCUAGUGCAAAUAUAACUGUAUGAAGAAUGAGAUUUUUUCUAAUCGCAUGACUUUUUCUUUCCAAUUCCCUCCCCUCUGGGAGUCCUUCCUUCAUCAUCUUGCUCCUCCUUUAUCCCUUCACACUACCUCUCUAUAUCCACAAAAACGCCAUCAACGGAAUCACCAUCUUCGCCGUUGUGAUAGAGCCUCCACAUAAAUUGCUCCAUAUUCUUUGGGCAAUCCAACAUCCAUCAGAGCCAUCAUUAAGUUGUGCACAAUUUCAGUAAAUACAUUUUGGUGGUUAUCAACAUUGAUGUCUCCUUUAACCAUAAAGUAGCAACUAAUAUUGUGAUCGUUUUACUAAUGAGAGAUGGAAGUUUUUCAAAGUUAAAUCUUAUUGGCACUCUCAUGAACUCCUUGUGUAUAAUAGGAAAGUCUGAGCCGAUUAUAUGUCAUUCAUAAGAUAGGUUGAGUUCAGCUUAACCACGAUGAUCUCGAGGUGAAUUCAAAGUAUAACGUGAAUAGCAUAAAAAAGAAUUGUAGGAGUCUUUGAUAUAUUUCGGUAAAUUUCAGUAUAAAGGAAAUUCACAUAGUUGUUUACACCUUAACUAAGAUUACUACAUUCAUUACGAUGGAGCAGUCCGUCACAAUAAAAAGACCGAUUACCAUGGAGGGUGGGAACAACAACAUCACAGAAGAGUUUGUGACUAUGAUGGAAGGUGGUAGCUGCACCGCCAACAGCAAAAAUGUAGAAGAGUUUGCGACUACGAUGGAGGAUGGCAGCACCACCCCCACCAACAAGGCAGAAGAGAUUGUGAUGAUAAUGGAUGGUGUCAGCAUCCCCACCACCGACAAUAACAAUGCAGAAAAGUUUGGGAUGACAGUGGAGGAUGACACCACCAGCACCACCAGUAGCAACAAUGCAGAGGAGUUUUCGAUGACGAUGGAGGGUGGCAGCAGCACCACACCAACCAAUAAUAACUCCGAAGCGUUUGUAGUGGGAUGUUUGCUGUCGAUCAGGACAACAUUUGGUGAAGAAUUUGAAGCCCAAGUUGUUACGUUUGAUCAUUCCUCCAACAUCCUCGGACUCAUGGAAGGUUCCAAAGACGCCCCUCUUCGAAAAAUUAGGCUUUUGAACACUGAUUACAUCCAAGACUUCACCUUUUUAGGUCAACAUGAAGACCCACUUGAUCCACGUAAUUUCUACGUUGAUCUCAAUGAUCUCCAAGCAAGAGAAGAACUUGCCAUUAGACAAGCAGAGGCAGAUGCUGAGAGGAUUGGGGUUGGUGUUACAAGCGAAGCACAGAACAUCUUUGAUGCUUUAUCUAAAACGCUUCCAGUCCGCUGGGACAAGACUGUCAUAGUUGUAAUGAAUGAGGUGCGUAUCAGCAGUCCUUAUCACCCGGAUUGUGUGAAUGGCGGUGCUCCUGCUGCCAAUGACCGGGUGAAGAAAGUGCUUGAGAUGUUGAGGAAGCGUUUGCAACUUCCCUGUUCUGGUGGUCAGUAGAGUUACAAAAUGAUCAUUUGAGGUAUUGAGCUCUCAGGUUCUGUUUUUCUUUUGGAGUUCAUUUGAGGUAUUUCCCUCAAAUACAUCUUAAUAGUGUACUUUUUGGAGUUGGAUUUUGUAGGGAAAACUUUAGAGGACUAUGUUUAUAUUUAAUAUACCUGUUAUUUUUAAAAACAAAUUGAAAGAACAAAAUAUAAAUGAUCAUAUAAUACUUCAAUCACACUCAAUUCAUUUAAAAAAAUAUUUUAGAGUACCCUUAAUUUAAAAGAACAACAGUAAGCCCUCCCCUAUUUCUCCCUCUAAAACCCUCCAUCUAAACAUACUCUUACGCUUUGUUUUGUAGUUUGGAGAGGAAGGGAGGGGAGAGCUUUGAGAGGGUGGGAAAUAUAGAAUAUUUUUUAGAAAUCUUUCACAUUGUUUUGAAAGAGUAUUGCUUUAGAGCUUUGAGAAUGUUGAAGCAUGUGAUUCAAGGUGUGUUAGAUUUUGAACCCAAAAAGGGAUCUAAGGUUUGUAUAUUUAACGUGUUAAUUCUCAUUGGCAAGAUAAACCAGUUACAAUUAGUUGUCCUAAACUCACGAUGAGUUUAACAAAUUCUCUGAGCAAACAUUUCUACCUUCAAUUAUCAUUUCUUAAAAAAGUUA